AUGUUGACCGCAGCUCCGAGAUCGCCCGAAAGCGUCGAAGACGGCGGCAACUUCUCAGCAGAUUCACCGCCACUCAACUCUGAUGACGAGCAGCUCGACGACGCGCCGUUUCUGAGUCAUCAGCUGCCCGACGAUCACGAAUCGUUUUCUGAGGUAACCGACAGAGAUUAUUCUGCACUUUAUAAAUGUGAGGCUUUCAGAAGUUUCUACGUAACAUUCUGACACCCGAUUAUCAGAAUCUGAUGCCACGUCGAAGAGAAAAGUUUGUUGAGAUCACAAAGACUGUCACCGUCACCGAGGUUUGUUUUCAUUUAACUACUGUCCAUCACUUGAUUAAUGUCAUUUUUCCCUUCCCAUUCGUUCGUUCUUCUUCCCGACACACACACACACUUCACUUUUCCAUUUCUUUUCAUUUUUCGCCUUCCCUUUCGUCUUGAUACCUAUUCUUUGACUAUCUUCGAAACCAAUCAAGAACCGACAACUGAACUUUCACCCGCAGGUGAUCAAUUUUCGCGCAUCUCUCUUUCUCGCCGUCUCUUUUCAGAGCGGAAGAGACGAGAAAACUAUUAAGCUGAUAUUUAGAAAACUUUACAGCCUAUAUCAAAGUACAGUAAUGUUGUGUGUUCAGAUAGUCAACGGAGCACCGGACAAACAUCCGUCCUCCUGUGAAGUGAAAGUGACGAACGUGGCGCCAGCAGGACCUCAUCCGGUCAACGUCUCCAUCAAGCACUUGCACGAGAAAUGGCAUUCUUGUGAAGAAUUGGACGGGUCGGACUUGGGAAAAGGGACCAUCAUUCAUAUCCACGAAACGCACAAGCCAUUCAACUACACCCCGAAGAAGCAGAAGCAAAAUAGAUUUGUUUAUGAGGACGUAGUCUCCACAAAGGUCAUCAUUCCUCUGAAGUGUUCAAUCAAAUUGUUGUGUUUUUGCAGGUGGAUAGGUCUGAAAAAUCGCGUCAGCCUCCGCUAAGAAAUAGUCCACUGUUCAAUCGGUCUAGCGAUAACAUAAUAGAUCUAGAGUUUAGACAUCCCAUCCUUGUGGAAACAUCGGAGCAGAAAAUGAACAAUGGCAAUGGAACUAGGCGCCGAUUUGCGGAUUUAAGGAAGAAGGUGUCGACGACUACAAAGACUUCGACGACCGAAACGGAGAAAGUGACGACGACGAGGAGGAGCAGCAGUGCGCACAGCACUUCUUCGAAAAGGUAGGGGUCGGUGGAAGAGUUGGUGAAAAGGAAUGAUGUUUCAGAAGUUAUGGACCGCCGGAAGUGCACACUCUCUACUAUCGAAAGUUUGUGGAAGAAGACACGAAGAAGGGAGACGAUUCUAGAAGUGAUUCCGGAAGUGUCAUCAUCCACCGGGACUCGGCAACUCGUCGUUCCCAAUCGGCCGAUCCUCUCCGUCAUUCGCCGACAAUGUCACCUGUGGCACCGCCUCGGAAACGGUUAGGAAGAGAAGAAUCAUUGCAUUACUACAGAGACGACGACGAAAUGAUCGAGCAGAUGGAGAAGGAGAGGAAGGUGACUGUAAAGUCUCCGGAACCGGGAAACACUUCGGUUUCCAUGAAUGACUCCUCCGAUCAUCGGAACAUCACCGCCGGAAUCACUUCCAUUUCGAUGAACAAUUCCUGCACGGACACUUCGUUUGAGUCGAGGUUCUCCACGAUUCCGAGAGCUCGAAGCUCGCCUCCUGGAAGUCACCGAGUCAAUCACAUCCACGUCAAAGUCGUUGGACCAACAGUGACUCGAGAAACUGAAAUGAGACAUCCAGUGGUCGGAAGAGUUGGAGACGACGUCACAAUGGACUUUUUCAUUGACGAGCGCAGACAUAGAUCAGCAUCGAGCAGUCGACGAGCAUCCGUAGAAGCACCACCGAAGCCGCCACGACGAUCGAAGUGGGAAGAUAAUCACAUAAUCGGGGAGCCGAUCGCCACGUCGACUCCGAUGACAACGAUCGAAAGAAAGCAGACGAGGGAGGAGAGAGUCUCGGUGGAAAGUGGGCAAUCGAGCAGGAAGAGCACCCGGAGCGCCCGUCCCCCGGACAUCAACAUCAUCGAGUGCGAGUCUUUCCUUCGGGAGACCCGUUCACCUGCUCGUACCCCGGCCACACCCAUCGUCGUCAUCAAUCAGACGCCUUCUUCUCGUCGCAGCUCGCAGGAUUUGCUCGGGGAUCCGGCACAACGGCGUCGGAAGAGCACAGUGACCGACAUCGAUUGGUAUGCCGCGUUCAACAUGAAAGUAAGUCUGCCGGUUUACAAACCGGAUAAUAGAAUGGCUGGGAUUAUUGUCGCGUCGUUUCGUUCUCACCUCACAAAAAGGGUUUUCAUUUUCCCUUUCUCCUCUAUUCAUGGUGUUCGACCUUUCAAAAUUUGUAAACCUAUUCAAGAAAAAGAAGAAAAAGAAAGAGAAGGUUCAUCGGGAUCAUCUUCCUUCAGCCACGUCAUCCUUUUCUUUUCAGGACCCAUCCUCUCCUACUAAGCCUGUCCGACCACCGUUUGGAGUGCAUGGGGACGAGAGAAAAAGUUCAAAGGAUGUCCGGAGAAGAGCCUCAGACUCCUCCAUGAUUGGCAUUCCGCCUGCCGAUAUCGAUCUCAAUCAAAUCUUCAUUUGUACUGCCCCUCGGAUCGAAAAAGAUGAGAAGUGUCAGUGCAAUUCGUGUCGUCUUAUUCGAAUGUCCGAAGCGGAACGAGCUUUGAGAUUCGUUCGAAAGACCAGUACUCGGCAGAGCAGAUCUUACACCAGAACCUCCAAUUACGUAAAGAUUCUCGUUUGCUACCGUUCUCAGCAUUUGUUUGCAGGAAGUUCGUUCGAGCACACUGCCAUCCCGACAUCGGACAGCUCCCGUCGAGAUCCAUCUCGAGGACGUCUUCAAUCCGAAAUCUCCUCAAUCUCCGACUUCUCCCGUCCAAUCCAAACCUCCGACGCCUCCAAACCGUCGUCGUCCAGCUGCUCCUCAGUCCUCUGCAGUCGCGCCUCCAUCAUCCGUCGCCGAUGAGUCACUGCCGCUUCAUGCCGUCCCCGCUUUCAUCGAUCGUAGCCAGGUGACGCCGGUGACUACUAACUCGAGGGAUUCUCAGUUGAACGCACGCAAUCAGUUGAUUUCUUCCACUACGGAACACGUGGAUUGGGUUGGGCAGAUGAUGCACGAGGCGAGCGAAUGGGAACAGAAGACGUCGAGUCGCAAGUCGUCGACGGCGUCUUCGGCUGCCCGGAAGAUGUCCGUCGCGAGAAGGAUUAGUGUGGAUGAGUUGACGAAGCCAGAGAAGAAAAGAUCGAAAGGAGCAGUUCCCCUUCCGCCGUCUGAUGCCAGCAUUGAUGAUAUCUUCACAGCCUUGACCCAGAAGAGAGAGGAGCCAACGUCUCCUUCAGUUGCGGACAAGAGAACUUUCAUUUUGACUCGCAAACAGAGAGCUCAAGACGUGGACGUCAUUGACUUUGAGAAGGAUCGUCAGACUCCUGUGGCUCCACCGAGAAGCAAAAAGACCGAGGACACGAGCGUCACAUCUACUGCUUCUGUCAUUUUGGCUCCGAUUCGUCCAACAACAUCCACAGCAACCAUCAGUCUUGAUGACGUGUUUGCAAACGGAAGCGGUCCCCUUUCUACGGAUAAAGUCGACGAGGAAGACGAGAAGAUCAGAAGGAGAGUCGCCGAGUUCACGAAGAGUCAGCAAGAGAAGUUGGUGAGCAGAGGAGAAAGAUCGGAAGGAGUUGCUGCUGCUCGGAAAACUAGUUUGGAAGACGCAGACAUCUCACUUGACGACAUCUUUAAUUCGGAUAAGAAACGUGUGGAAGUGGUGAUCCCCUACAAAGAAACGUCAGUCACUUCCACAGCUGUUAUUCGAAUGAGACCAACUGAAGAGAGUGGGCCACGCGAGGUACCUGCUGCAGAAGAAACUCCUUCGGAAGUCAAACGAGAAGAGAAUCGGACAUCCGCGGUCAGCAUUAACUUAGACGAUGUCUUCGUGGAAGGAUCUGAAAGGUCGACGAACGACGACAGGGAGGAGGAGGAGAUUCAGCGCCGAAUUGCGGAAUUCGAGAGGACUCAACAGGAGAAGGAGGAUCAAAGAAAGGGAUUCGUUGCAGAUUCUCAUUCCGGCAGAAAAAUCUUCGAGACUUCCGAUUUCUCAAUGGAGGACGUUUUCAAUACUUCUCGAACGAAGCCGAAGUCAACUGAAAUCUCAACAGCUACGGUCAACUUGCAAGGUCAGCCAGCUACUACAGAAGAGACUGAAGAGGACAGAACGAUUAGAAAACGGAUUGAGGAGUUCGAGAGAAACGAAGAGGAAAAAGUGCAUCAUCUGGAAGAAGUGCAGGAAGAAUCCCAUCAUCAUACUGCCGAGAAACUGUUCGACGACUCUGACAUUUCGAUGGAUGCCGUCUUCAAUGCUCCUGUUGAACGGACUAUUUCUGAGAAAACGUUUUCAGUCGCCCCUCUCCAGGAACAUGUUACCAUUGUUCUGGAAGGCGCAGAAAAGGACGUCAAUGAUGAGAAGGGGAAAAGGAAAUCUGCCGUUUGCAUCGAUCUGGAUGACGUGUUUGUAGCUAGGACCCUUCCAAAGAAGAUGUUGAAGACGAUGAGGAGAAGAAGAUCAGUAGGAGAAUUGCGGAGUUUGAGAAGAGCAGACAAGAGAAGGAAGAUCAAAAGAAGGGAGUUAUUGAAGAAUCGCACCCUUCUCGUCUGAAACUCGAGGAGUCAAACAUCUCAAUGGACGCCGUUUUCAACGUUUCGACCACAUCCGAGCAAGUAGACACCACCAUGAAAGAUUCCGCUGCUCCAGCCAAACUCAGUUUGGAUGAUGUAUUCGUGGUCGGACAAGAUGAUUCUACAGAAGAAGAUGCAGAGGAAAAGAAGAUCAAGCAACGGAUCACGGAGUUUGAAAAGAACCAGGAGGAAAGAAGAGUACAAGCCGAGUCUCGAGAAGACGAGGAGAAACUGACAUCACCGGAACUCGAUCCUUCGGCUGCCGAAGUUUCAACUGCUGUCAUCAACUUGGACGACAUCUUCGCUGAAGGUAAACCUCCAAUUGCAAAACCGAAAGAAGAUGAAGAAGACGAGAAGAUUCGCAGACGGGUAGCCGAGUUCAAGAAGAGCAAGCAGGAGCAGUCGGCUCGAACAGAAACUGUGACAGAAAAGCAUUCGACCGAGAAGUUCUUCGAAAAAUCCGACAUCUCUAUGGAUGAUGUGUUCAGUCCUUCUUCCCAUUCAAAACCGACGGAAGCAUCUGCCUCACUCACUUUUGACAUCCCGCAAACAUCGGCUGCCACCAUUGUCUCUUCGCCAUUGAAGCCUACAGAAACUUCUUCUGCCAGUAUCAAUUUUGAUGAUGUUUUUGUUUCUCAAGCGGGUGUACAUCCAUCUCGGAAUGAUAAUGAGAACACGCAACCAGAAGCAAUAUCAUUCGGAGAAGAGGCGAAGAAGAGAACGUCGGCGGCAAGCAUCAACUUGGACGAUGUCUUCGUUGGACCUGUGCAGAGAGAAGUUGUGGAAGAUGAAGAAGAGAAGAGAAUCAUAAAACGGGUCAAAGACUUUGAAAUCAAUCAGCAGGAGAAGGCUCUUCGGAAUGGGCAAGAAUCAGAAAUCCAUCCAAAGAGCAAGAUCUUCGAAAACUCCGACAUCUCCUUGGAUGACGUGUUUAACACUUCACACCAAGAGAAACCCAGUCAUGUAGUGCCAGAUGAAGAAGAUGUGAUCGGAUACACUUCUUCGGAGUUUGAGAAGAAAACCAAGACUCAAACCACGACACGGACCGAGACAACGAGUGACACCUUCACGAGAAAGACCGUGUGCCCUGCUUCCGAUAUCUCCAUUGACGACAUCUUCAAACCCUCCGAAAAACAAGCAUCGAAGAAGUCCACGCUCGAAGACCUUUUCGGCCCUCAGACCGCCACUCCUCCUGCCAUCCCCACUGUUGCCAUAACUUCUGAUCCUGAAGUCGCUUCUCGGUCGACAUCUGCUCCUGCUCACAAGCAUUUCUCGUCCGGAUUGAUGGUUCCGAGCAAAUGGAACGAAUCCAUGAUGUCCACCACUUCGACCAUCAGUCUCGACGAUUCCUUUAACAACUCCAUGGCUUUAUUAAUGAACACGCCGAAGAUGCGGAAGCCGUUGAGCCUUCCAGUCGACAAUUGGAUUGAUGAUUUGGUUGCCAAGACUACAGAAGAGGCAACGAGAGAAGCACCGAAGACUCCGAAGACGCCCAAGAGUGGAACCUACUUCCCGUCGCCCACUCGAAUCAGUCAGGAGAUCAAAUACGAAUGGGUUGCAGAUCUAGCCGGAGUCGAAGAAGAGAAGGAAGAGGAAGCGCAUCACACAGACGAAGCCCAUCUCCAGAAGCACGACAACACGUGGGUGUCCAGCGUGGUCUACAGGCCCACGUUAGAGACUAGCGCCUACACUUUGAGAGCAAGUCAGCCGGAGCAGGAACUCGAUAUGGACAGAGUGUUCGAUGAGUGUCUGAUGGGAAAGAAGAAGAAGAAGAAGGAUGACGAGGAGUGCGAGUGCUCGGCAUGUCGGCUCACGGAGCAGGAGUUGGAGGCGAUGCGGAAGAGACAGGUGGGUUGGACGGGAAUCAGUUCACUGCCGGGGAGCACAAUUAGUUAUCAUCCAAUGGACUCUGUUGCAAUGUAAACGUUCAUUCAGAUCGAGUCUAAAAGUGUUGAGAGAGAGGAGAGUCACCUAAAGCAGGAAGAGAGCGAGAAACGAAGGACCGUGGAAUUCCAGGAUCCUUCGGAGUUUUCUAUCGACACAAUUUUCCAUCCAGAAGGUAAGAGUUAUCAUUCGAAUCUACUCGUUUUCUAGCUCUCGCUUUCAGUUCCACUUCACAUCCAAACUGGUCACGUCCAAGUGCCCACGACCUCUUCUCCGCCAAUCCAAUCCUCCAAAACGUACUAUCUUUCGCCGAAAGUAUCGGAGACUGUGACGACGACCCAUCAAUGGAAAGAUGCCGACAUUUCGAUGGACGAGAUAUUCAGCCCGGUGUCCUCAACCACCAAUGAAAACCGAAGAUUCUCGAACUUUUACGAAGAUCGAAGUGGAUGGGAUACGAUUGGAAGUGAGGACAGCGGGGUGAUGUCGGGAGGCGGCGGAAGGAGGCGGACUUCGAGGAUCAUCACGGAUCAAGUAAUCGACGAGGCAUUCAAAGGAAUCUUCGACGCUCAACCGACCACUCCCACAGUCAAAACGAAGCCUGAGCAGACGCAGUGAGUUCUGAAAAGUGUUAGGAAUAAAAAGCAAUGUUUUGAGUUCAGAACCCAUUACGAUGACUUUUACAUCACUUCCCUCAACGAGGAGCAUGGCGAAGCAAGUGGAUCUGAAUUGGAUGGAGAGAAUCUGGAUGUCACGCAGUUUGUGGAUCAUAUUCUCGGAAAGAGCUUGGACGAGGCAGCCUUCUUGAGCAGCACUAAGUCGCUGAGAGGUCAGAUUGGAACUUCUUUGUUUUGUGAAAACUGUUAACUUCCAGAUCACACCGAUACUUCCAUCGAUCGCAAAAAGUCAAUUGACAAGGUUCAUCCGUACUACCGUACUCGCACCGACACUUCCAUGGACAAAAGAUCAAAACCAUCGGUUAUCAAUGAAGAUCACGAGAGCCACGAGGCCCAUGAGGAGAUUCUGAAGCUCGUGUUUGUCGAUCCCCCCACCACCUCGAAGUCCGAGUCUGGAACAACCAAACCAAGCGACGAAGAACUUCUUGAGAUUGAGAUCAAGUCGGAUUACUUCCUAAUCAAAGGAUCCUAUUCUCUUCUCAUUCCCAAAACAGAUCCAUUAGGCCAGAUGUUGCAAGUGAGUACAGAGCACACAGGCCGCAAUUGUCCGUCAUUGUGUUUACGUCUUUUCAGAAGUUACGCGAGCGACACGACUCGCUGGCGACUCUCGAUUUCUCGUUGACAAGAAAACUGAAAAGGUUGCUGGUCAGCUGCAUUCGCGAGAAAGCAGGCAGUUUGCAAAUGUCUCCUUCCUCUUCAAAAUGUAUGUCAACACUAGACGAUGGCCUAUCGACUCGCGGCCAGAGUUUAAUAGGGUCCGUCGACCAUGCCUCGGCCACUUUCUUGCGAAUGAACGCGGACAAGUUCGAGCCAACACGCAAUCCUCGGGGCAUCGUUAACUUCUGUACUGCCGAGAAUAACAUCUGCACUCCGCUUCUGGAGGAAAGGUUCAAACAUCUCGAGCUGUUCUUCCCGAACACUGAAAGCCUGGUGAGAUAUCCGCCUGCGGGAGGAUGGCCAGAGGCGAGAGAGGUGCUCGUGAAAUACUUCAAGGAGUUCAUGGGCGCACGAGUGAGCAAGGAGGAGCUCGUGCUCACGGCUUCCACGAGAACUGGAUACGAUGUCGUCAGCUACUGUCUGUUCGAGCAAGAUGGUAAGAUGAGAUGAGAAUGUCUAAUUCAUUCAAAUUUCGUUUCAGAUAUUCUUCUGACGAAUGGACCGGUCUACACUGGAACCAUUUCAAAUGUUCAUGAAAGAUCACAAUGUCACGUGGAAUGUGUAGAGGUAAGAUCUUGUCCAUCCACGUGUCUUCCAUCUUGACCACCUUUCAGACUGACCUUGCCAAUCCACGACUCGACGUGAAAAAGUACGAAGAAGAGCUGGCCCGUCAGAAUGCACUCGACAACACAGUCGGCGGAGUCAUCAUAGUCAACCCCCACAACCCAUUGGGAGUAGUAUUCCCUCCGGAAGACGUCGUCAAUCUCUGCAACUGGGCAGCCUCGAAGAACCUCCGCGUGGUCAUCGACGAAGUGUUCGCCAAUUGUGUCUUUGACAAGUCCGCUUCCAAGUUCCGUCCGUUCCUCUCCUACCGUCAUCGUGUUCACCGACCCGAGAGCAUCGCCUGGCUGUGGAGUGUCAGCAAAGAUUUCGGACUCCCCGGCCUCAAGUUCGCCGUCAUUCACUCUGCCAACCAAGGACUCCGUCAGGCUGCCACCAAGCUUCAGUUGUACUAUCCCUGCUCGCCAUUCGUUCAGAACUUUGCCGUGAAACUACUCUCGGAUUCAGGUGAGAAGGGUGUUGCGUGAUGUUUAAAAUACUCUUUGCUCUUUUCAGAAUGGCUCCAUGAGUUCCACUCAGAAGUCACGAGGAGAAUGGCUAUUCACUAUCGUUACACUGCUGAUAACUUGAAACUUUUGGAAAUUCCUUUCGUUCCCGCACAGGCUGGAAUCUUUGUGUUCGCAGACUUUUCCAAGUACAUACACAAAUGCAUUCAAAUUCAUAGAUAAGUUAAUCUUUCACUUUCAGCACAUCUCCUCCGUCGACAGCGCCGGGGAGCUCGAAUUAUUUGAACGUUUGGGCUCAAAAGGAGUGAUGUUGACUCCAGGAAUUCACCAGAAAUGCCACGUGUUUGGAUGGUUCCGUUUGGUAUUCGCGUGCACGAAAGAAGAGCUCGAAGAGGGAUUCAGACGGCUGUACGCCAUUCUGGGCAGCCAAUUGAAUCCAGUCGGAACCGUUCAGUAUAACUAA